CAGUGGUCAGGGUGAGGGGAGGGCGCGAGACGUCCUCUGAACUUCUUAUUUACCAUCAAAAAACAACUCCACCCACGGCUCUGGUGCAGGGGAAGGAGACCGAGGCGCCGUGUUAGUGAUAGUGAAGUGUGUCUGUGAGAAUGAGAGUCCUUCCUAACCUGCACUGACUUGUUGAGACAAACUAUUACUACUCUGCAGGUUGUGUCAGGCCCAUCAUCAUGGAGGCAGGAGCAAAGCAUGACUUCAAUGCCACUGCCGAGGAUGAACUCAGUUUUAGAAAAGGACAAAUUUUAAAGGUGCUGAACAUGGAAGAUGACAUGAACUGGUUCAGAGCAGAACUAGACGGCAAGGAUGGGCUCAUCCCCAGCAACUACAUUGAAAUGAAGAGUCAUGAGUGGUAUUAUGGUAGGAUAACACGGGCCGACGCAGAGAAGCUCCUGCACAAUAAGCACGAAGGAGCUUUUCUUAUAAGGGUCAGCGAAAGUUCUCCAGGAGACUUCUCCCUCUCAGUCAAGUGUGGUGAUGGUGUUCAACAUUUUAAGGUUCUAAGAGAUGCACAAGGCAAAUUUUUCCUGUGGGUUGUCAAAUUCAACUCCUUAAACGAACUGGUCGAGUAUCACCGAUCAGCUUCAGUCUCCCGCUCACAUGACAUCAAGCUCAAAGACAUGACGCCAGAAGAGUUCUUAGUGCAAGCGCUAUACGACUUCACACCGCAGGAACACGGAGAGUUGGAGUUCAAGCGAGGGGACGUCAUCACCGUAACAGACCGAGCCGACCAACACUGGUGGACCGGCGAGAUGGGGAACCGCAGGGGUCUCUUUCCAGCUACUUACGUCGCACCUUACCAUACAUAGGCCUGUGCCCCUUCCUCUUAACUAUUCUUAAAUCCUUGUCUUUAACAUUGUCAAGAGAGGUACUACUCAAUCUUGUUUGUCCCUUGUUCAUUAAGGGUGUUCUUCUACCAAGUUUGGUCAAGUUAUUCUAGGCUUAUCUAGAGAGACUGAAUGGGGAUUUUAAAAAGAACAAGCUCUCAUAUGGCUAGGGAACCCACUCACUGUCAUAAGCAAGAGAAUGAGUAAGGAUGGCAAAGGAAGGAAGGAUGGCAGGCUACCACAAGUACAGUCAGUCAGGGUAAGCACUUAUUUUUUAUUCUUUUUUUAUGGUAAAGAAGGCAGGCAAAGGGCAGGGCAAAACAAAACACUAGAAGAAAAAGCCCAUAUGCAACACUCCUCGUACAGAGAGAACACAGAGGAAGACGCAACGCCUAAACAGUGUGAUCACUUUUGGUUAGAGGCAUCUUAAUACUCCCUUCUUGAAAGAGUUUACAUUAUGGGAAGGGGAAAUACAGACAGUGGCAUUCAUUUAUCACCAGUAUGUGCGUUUGGAGAUCUUUGGAAGUGUUUCUCACACUGUAAGAUAAGCCAGCCAUAGGUAUGUUUUGUUACACUAUUGGUGCCAUUUCAUACUACUUUCAUUCAUUGCAUUUUUGUACCGAGAGAUAUUCCCUUGAAAACUGUGUCUUAUUCUUGCCACCGACUCUUAUAUUUCACUGCAGGAGCAUUGUAAGUGUCUGUAGGUUGGUGUAGAUGAAUAGGCAGGCAUUGCAGUCAGUUUGCCAGUGAAGCCCCAAACGAUUUUUGGAAAUUCAUGCUCUUCACUUUUUCUUUCACUUAACAAUUGGACAUCAUUAAAUGUUACAAGAAAUGCAUGUAUGUUUGUUAGCCUGUUUAGCCCAAGUUAUGGCUCACCAAUAGAGGCUAUCCAGUCCUGAAUAAAAGAUGACAACUAGUUAGUGAUGAGGAUGUGAGAAACAUUGUCGGUCAAGUGCCAUUCCAGCCAAAAACGUGUUCACCUUACCAUUGCAUUCCCUCAAGAUGCUCUUGUCUGGAAACAAGCUCAAGAAACUGACAAACAACAUAUUUUUUUUGGCAAAGAAGGCAAGGCAACGACACAAAAAUGAUUAAGCCUGCAACAUACUUCUCCCACAGAUAAAAGAUUAUAAGGAGAGAUCAGUUUGGGAUAGUUUUCUUGAUGCUCUCCUCUAGGAAGAGUUUAAGAAUCACAGGAAAAAGUAAAUAGUGACUAAGGAAGGCUUUUCCAUGAAUUUACCAGUGAAAGGGAUGAAAGAUGCCAGUCGACUCUUAAAUUAGUGCAGUAGAAGGAAUUAGGGCAGUGCCAGAGUUUACCAAUGAAAGGGAUGAAAGAGUUAAGAUGGCAGUGUAAACUCUUGCAUUAGGAAGUUGAACAGCAUAGGGAUGAGCCUAAUUAGAAGAGGGUUAAGAGGAAAUUUGCAUGAACAAUGAAGUUAUGUCAUUUUGGAAGUUCCAGAUCUUGAAGCCCAUUACGUACUUCUCCAUUUUUUAUAUUUUUGGCUCUUAUCCGACGAUGUUACUGAUAGCCACAUGUGGUGUUAUAAAAUUGUAUUCAAUUCUCAAAGAGUCUUGUUUGUCAGCUUUUGGAUUCAGGCAAAGUUGGUCCUGAAAGACUCAAGAAUCAAUAUGGAAUUCUCUCCCAAACUGGCAAUCACAAUUUUUAUACAGGUGAAUAAUUCUGCUGAUGACGAUGACGAUGAGUACAGUAUAAUUAUAAAACAUGUGAAUAUGUGUGUAUAUGUACAGACGAAGCCACCAGAUGUGUUACUGGUUAAUGGUGUGCGUUGAAAUGGUGGAACGCAAGAAGUAACCAUCUCUACUCGUGUAAAAGUCGACCUUGUGUAAAGGUUGACCGUCCUUGUGUAACCCUCCCGAAGGUUAUAAUGUGUUCAACUGAGGAAUAAUUUUACCCCUGGAAAAGUAGUAUUAGUAGUAGCGGCAGUGGUUGUAAACCCAUAACUAAGUAUUAUCCGUGUAAAAGUUGAUACCCCAUGAUGGAAAAGUAAUGAUAGUCCUAGUAGUAAUAGUAGUAGUAGUAGUAGUAGUAGUAGUUGUUGUGAUAGUGGUAUUAUUAACCCCUUAGAGCAGCAGCAUCCAUGUAACAGUCAACCUCCUAAAUAUGGUUCCAAAGCUUCGACUUUUGCACGAGUCUGUACAGUGACCGAGAGUCUGGUGGAGCGGAGGAGUUAGCCAAGGAAGGGGAGGUAGAGGUUGUGAGGCUUAUAAUUACUACUUUCCUCUAUUUUUAAUACUAAGCUAAAUAAAUUUACUUUAAACCAAAUGCUUAUUGUUGAUAACACAAUAUAAUAAUUCAUGUUCAUAAAGUGCCACAGAUACUCAUGUAAAAGUCGCCCCCCGAGGCUUUGAUGUGUUCCGUUCAGGGAUGAAGUCAAGGCCCCAAAAGUAGUGGUAGUAAUAGUAGUAGUGACCCCCUAGAAAUAUAGUGUUCAUGUCAAAGUUGACUCCUUAAAGUUGGCCUUAAAAGAAAAAAAAGAAAACAUUGAAAAUACUUCGGCUUUUCCACGAGUAUGUUCGGUGGUCAUAAAUGAAGUAUAAGAACUUGUAUUAUUACUUAAUAUUUCGUAGAGUUCUGCUGAAGCCAUUCUUCCACAUUAAGUAAACGACACGAGGCUAUUUGCUUAGAGGUCCUGGGGGCAAGGUUUAUAACUAUGCUCAGUAGUGAGUUAGGUCGAGCAUCCAUUUGUUUGAGAUCCGUGACUGCAUCCAUGUCUUUAUCGGGAAAAAUCUCAACCUUCAGGAAAAGGCAGAGAUGCCUCCAUUGAUCCCUCCACAGCCAUGACUGUGGCAGUGAUUGCAACACUUCUCUUUCCUUAAUAUCACUCUGCCCAGAAAGUCCAGUGAGUUGAGCUUAAAAACAUAUUUGAUGCACACUGAAGACUUUGCCUCAGACAUGGACAUGGAUACAGACACAGACACAAGUGGUAGGUAAAGGUCGGGCAUCUAUCUGUUCCUGAUUCAUCAUUCAUGUCUGUCUGCAUCCAUAUUGAUGUCAGUGAGAAAUUCAAUAUACAAGAGAAAAGCUGAGAAACAUCCCAUGAUCCUGCCAUGGCCAUCGCCACUGCAGUAAAUGCAACAACUCUUUCCCUUUCAUAUUGCCCUGCCUAAAAAGUUCAGUAUUAUCAUCAGCCUUUGCCAGUCCACUGCAGGGCAAAGGCAUUUUCCAACAUUCUCCCUUUAUCAAUGAUGUUAAUGUUUUUCAUGCUGCUCUGGCAGAAACUAACACCUCUCUUGGUUCUCUUAUGCCCUGGUUACAACAAUUUAUGAGUUGUCACAGUUACUGUGGCUGUCCAUUUGUUGAUUAAUAUUCUUGAUGUGACCUGCCCAAGUCAACUGCAUUAGAAUAUGUUCAACCUUUAUAUGCUCCUUAAUGCAGGAUGUUUUCUUUCUGUCUGUAAUACCAAACAUAUUUUUCUUACUUUCUGUGAAAUUCUUAGCUUUUUUCUUUGGAUCUUUUAUUUGUCCAGUAGGUUGAGCUUAGAAACAUGUAUAGUACACCCUUCAGACUUUGCCACAGAUGAUGUCAUGGAUCAUGGAUAAAUGGUUGCUCGGCCUUUAUCAGGGGAGGAAGUACAGAGCAACUUUUUGUAUGGAGAACCUUAAGAAAUGUUUAACUGAGAAAGCCUAACAACAUGCACUGUACAUGGUUAAGACUCACCCCAUAGCUCAAAGCACAACUUGAAUAGUGUUUGUUCCUAGUAUAUUCUUUUAGUGUGAGGAUUGUUUAGCCUAUGUUUAGCUUUACUGAAUACUGUACACCAUGUUUUUGUUGCAUUCAAACAAUAUUUAAAAAAAAACGUUUGAUACACAUACAAUCAUUUGUCUUGGGGCAUUGCAUAAAUUUAUACAAACCCAUGUAAGUGGUCAAAUAUUUUUGUGACAUUGAAAAUUACAUAACCCUAUACAUUUCUCAUGAUACCUAUCCAUGAAACACUUUUGAGGAAUAAGAAAGUAAAUUUUAAUGUGAGCGAAAACCUUUUAAGUAUCCUAGUAUACCCCGCAGCAGCAAGUCUGUCCCAACAAUGCUCAGCCGGCCACAGUGUCCUCCCCUCGGCUGCCUUGGCCAGCACCGAGACAAGGCUCCUCAAGGCCAUGUUGUGACACUCCAUCUCGGCAUCUUCCUGCCUACAGGGUUAAAGAAAGCAAUCAUAAAAAUGCUUGUGUCAUCAAUAUAUUUUAAUAGAUUAAUGAUUACUGAAGAAAACUAGUGAGAGAGCUGCCCCCUUCAUGCUGGUCCAAGGGACAGGUUGGAGGUGAAGGAAGCAAGCUACUGGCAGAGGCCAAGCAGUGUCUUGACAGAGUGUUUGCAGCAGCGGGGUAUAAUAACUAUGAUGAAUGUGAUAUGUUCACGAACAUUAGGACUUAAAAAAUGUUCAAGAAAUUAUCAGUUUGCAAGCCAUGUGAAGAAGCAGUUAACAGUGACACUGGAAAGAUAAAUUUGUCCUUACUAAAAUUUUGACUUUUUGUUUCUUUGAGAUUUUUUUUCAUGCAUUAUACAAAGAAGUAUACAAGAGUUAAGGAACUAA